AGCUCAUGGCUCUUUCCUUGAUCUUUUUCUUUGAUUGCUUUCUUUGCAUUCGUGGGCGGUACUUACGAUGGAGUUGGUCUUGUUUUCUUCGUCCAGGUGGAUCCAUUUCCUCGGAAUGGUUACUAUUCACUGGAGCUUGCUUGAGAGAAGGGAAAAACGAAGAUCCUUGAGAGGUCAGUGACACACUCAGUCACAGGUGGUGGUGGUGGCCGCGAUCGAGGCUGCGAGAGAGAGAUGGGAAACCAGUUGACUUGUAUGGCCAACAACAAGAGCGUCACGGACUCCCAGAUCAAAUCGACCAGAUCCUCCUCCAGCAAAAAGGCCAAGAGCAGGGCCAGAUUGGAGGAGGAAUUGCUCCAGCAGCAGCAGGCCCUGGCGCUGGCCCUCUUCCACCAGCAGCAGAAAGUCGGGCGAGCAAUGUCCCAGCGCUACAACGAUACUGCCGCUGCUGCUGCUCUCCACCGAAAGGGAGGCUUUGCCAGAAGCUCCAGCGCCAGGCCUCGCUCGCUGGCCGAUCCGGAGCUCCCACCACACCAAUUUCUCGAGCGUCCGGAUCUCGUGUCCAUUGAGACCACGCACUUUGUUCUCGUCCACGGUGGCGGCUAUGGUGCCUGGUGCUGGUACAAGUCCAUCGCGCUGCUGGAGGAGGCUGGAUUCGCAGCCACCGCCAUCGAUCUCACAGCCUCCGGCAUUGAAUCCACAGAUCCAAAUUGCGUCACCAGUCUCUCGCAGUACGCCAAGCCUCUAUCGGAUUUCCUCGGCAGUCUUCCACAGGGAGAAAAGGUGAUCUUGGUCGGCCAUGACUUUGGAGGAGCAUGCGUCUCUCACGCGAUGGAGUGGUAUCCCAGCAAGAUCUCGAAAGCCAUCUUCGUUGCCGCUGCCAUGCCGACAAACUCCCAGCGAGCCUUCGAUGUCUUUGCAGUAGAGCUCAUGAGCCCGGCAGAUCUACUCCUCCAGGCACAAAUCUUCACGUACGCAAACGGGGAAUCAAACGCACCCACGGCGCUCGCUUUCGACAGGAGCGCUGUCAAAGAGCUCUUUUUCAACCGCAGUCCUGCAAAGGACGUCGCUUUGGCAUCGGUUUCCUUGCGGCCUAUACCGUUUGCUCCCGUCCUUGAAAGGCUGGUUCUCACCCAAGACAAGUACGGCACGGUACGGCGCUUCUUCGUGGAGACCCCGGAUGACAAUGCCUUGACAAGCGAAUUGCAACACCGCAUUGUGGCCGGGAAUCCUCCGGAGCGCGUUUUCAAAGUGAAAGGCAGCGACCAUUCGCCAUUCUUUUCGAAGCCUCAGUCUCUCCACAGAGCACUCGUUGAGAUAGCUCACAGCUAAUCUGGAAGAGAAGAGGACCAACUGAAGAAAGUCAAGUAAAAAAGUUCUCACUCUCUUUUUC